AUGACAGAAGACGAGUUAAUUUGCCAUGCCUCCUGUAUCCCAUCCCAUUCUUUUGUUAAUGGAUUUUAUCUCUAUUUUAUAACACCAGAAAAAGAUGAUUCCAGUCAACAUUGGAGAUACAGUAAAAAAUACAGCAACUUUAACACGUUUCAAAAUGACUGGUUUGAAGUUGCCCUGCAUAUGAAUCAACACCAAGCACGUGGAUCAGUUCCGGUGUUUCUGCAACCAAGCCUGCCGAGGCGAGAAUCUAUACCGAUGUCUCCUCCACCACACACUAGAGGUGGCAGGCCCCAUGUGGAUGCCGAAAGAAAAGGAACUCAAGUUCCAAAUUACAAGAAUCUUAUUCUUGAUGUUGACAUCAAUAAUAAAAGUGAUCGUGUGGAGUGGAGUCAUAUUCGUUACCAUGGAAAAUAUCAAAUUGAUGGAGCUUUUGAAAUUGAAGUUCAGUGGUUGGUUUCCACACCCUGUCUAAUUAUGGAUAUGUUACAAGGUUGGGCACGCAAGGCUGGCGUUUGUGGUUUUCAUCUUGUAUCUGUCCCAAUAGAUCCAUUUGGACUAUACUCGCAGUACUCUGAUCCGCUGCGUAGUCCACUAUUCAUAGACUUAGAUAUAAGGUGCUGCCUGGUGGGGGAAUCUCGAUUGUUUGCAACCUUUGACCCAGAAACCUACCAUGAGAGGAUACAGCUACUACAAGAUGAGAUUUUACGCAGAUUUGGAUUUCUACAUGACCCCUGGUCUGGCUCAUCUCACCCUGUUGCCAUGGAGACACCUACGUUAAACAGUACGUACAUACAACAGGGACUGCGUUUGCACUGAUACCAGAAACAGACAGGCCAGAAACCAGUGUGGAAUCAAAACUACAUUCAGCAACCAUGCAGGACUCACCGCUUAAACACACUCCGACCGUGAGAACACUCACCGCACACAAACAUGGCAGAAUUGGAUUCUACUGGACGCAGAACUUUUUGUUGACCAAACGAUGGCGAUCUGCCUCAACUGGUGAUGAGAAAUUUGGUGAGAGACUCCUGAAAGAUUUCACAAGUUUCUGUGCCAAUGAAGAUAACAGACUUCUGCGGUUCUGGGAAUCUUGCCAGCAGGAGUUACAAGGAUUCGAGUCCAGUAAAUGAACAUGUAUUUACAAUAAAUUAUAAAAUACUAUAAAUAUAAAUUUCAAAUGAUGCAAACUGUAUACAAGUGUCCA